CUUUACAAAAUGAGUAUGCACGAAGCCCGACUUGGGGACUAAAAGGUGACUUGAAAACCAACAAUAACUAUUGUCUGUUGGACGUUUGCAUGUGAAAGUACGUGUUGUAUCAGAAGUGGUCAGCCAAGAAGAUGUAUAAAGAAGCCAUUUGUGAAGUACAUCCUACAUCCGAGGUUUACGUGCAUUAGAGAUUAAAAAAAUAAAACGAUUCAAAUUUAUUCAGUAAUUGCAAAAUAUUUUAGAAAAAGUAGACACUGGUAUUGAUUUAUAGUUUGUGUGGGUUACGAGUAGAACACUGAUCAUUAAAAUGUUUAAACUAAUACCAGUCUUUCUAUACUGUCACCCUCAACACUUCUAUCAGUGAGGUCAACAUGUUGCCAUUGGAGCAUUGUACCACAUGGUUACCUGUAUCGGGUUGGAUAAUUGUAAUUUCUUUUGCCAUCUUUAUUCUCCCAGCAGAAGCAGAUAACUCCACCAAGUGUAAAAAUGGAUUAAUAAUUCCAUUAUGGUUGCCGAACCAUAAUCUCAGUACUGGAGACAUCAUUGCCAGAGGACUUGUUUAUUUCCUUGGUUUGUGCUACAUGUUCGUUGGGAUUUCUAUCAUUGCCGACCGGUUUAUGGCAUCUAUUGAAGUAAUUACAUCCAAAGAGAAGGAUGUAGUAAUAAAAAAACCUAAUGGAGAAAAACAUACUAUUAGCGUGCGCAUAUGGAACGAAACAGUUUCGAACUUGACCUUAAUGGCUCUCGGGUCAUCUGCACCAGAAAUCCUUCUCUCGAUUAUUGAAGUUUACGGACAAAAUUUUCAGGCGGGAGAGCUGGGACCUGGAACCAUUGUUGGUAGUGCAGCUUUUAAUAUGUUCGUUAUUAUAGGUUUAUGUGUUUAUGUAAUUCCUAACAACGAAAGCAGACGGAUCAAACACUUACCAGUCUUCUUCGUAACUAUGAUUUGGAGUAUUUUUGCAUACGUCUGGCUCUAUCUGAUUUUGACCUGGUCAUCUUAUGGCGUAAUCGAAGUUUGGGAGGGCUUGACCACCUUCAUUUUUUUUCCAGUUAUUGUCCUGACCGCAUACAUCGCCGACCGAAGACUUUUGAUUUAUAAAUUUCUACCCAAAAAGUAUAGGAUGAAUCGAAGAGGGGUUAUUGUCGGAGGAGAGGGGGAAAACGUGGAGAUGGGGAUUUCUUGUAAAGCUAACCAUAUAGCUGAUGGAGGGUUAAAAGUAUUUGAUGAGGAAGAGAAUGACGAAAUCCGGGAGUUUGAGGAACACAGAAGGAAAUACAUCCAAAUUCUUCGUGAACUACGGCGGAAGAAUCCUGUCUGUAGCAUGGAACAAUUAGAGAUGAUGGCUAGAGAAGAAAUUCUUAACAAAGGACCUAAGAGCAGAGCAUUUUACCGUUUACAAGCAACAAAAAAACUUACAGGGGGAAGCAAUUUGAUGAAACGAAAGAUAGAAAAACACGAGGUAAAGAAAAAAUAUAUCGAAAAAGACGUAGUAGAAGUGAAAGACGACACAGUUCGCAUUUUCUUCAACCCGGGCCAUUACACUGUAAUGGAGAACGUUGGGGAGUUCGCUGUAACUAUUUCUAGGGAGGGAGACCCUAGUCAAACAGUUUGCGUGGACUUCCAUACGGAAGAUGGCACUGCAGAAGCUGGUUCCGACUACGAGCCAGUGGAGGGUACAUUAGUCUUCCGCCCAGGAGAAGUCCAUAAACAGAUAUUCAUCUCGAUAAUUGAUGAUGACAUUUUUGAAGAAGACGAACACUUCUACGUUCGUCUCAGCAACCCUCGUUACUUGGGAUCUGAUGGUGGUCUACGACUGGGACAACGUCCAUCCUUACAGCUGGCACCUCCCUCUAUAGCAACGGUAAUGAUAUUGGACGAUGACCAUAGUGGUGUCUUCGCUUUCAACGAAACUCAUUACGAGACAACCGAGUCUUCCGGCACGUGCAACAUCCCAGUUAGUCGCUAUAAUGGAGCAAGAGGUCGAGUGGUGGUCCCUUUUAGGACUCUAAACAGCACUGCAAAAGCUGAAGUUGACUAUGAAAGUAUUGAGGGCGAAAUUAUCUUCGAAAACAACGAACUCAUCAAGGAUAUUCCUAUUCAUAUCAUCGACAAUGAAAGUUACGAGAAAAAUAUAGUGUUUUACUUGGAGUUGGGAAAUCCGCAACUUGAAGAAGAUCUUCUGAACGUAGAAACGGGCCAGGACAUCAACGAUAAUUCUCCCAACAAGAAAUUUACAGAAGCAGAGAAGAUUGCUUUCCUAGGAAAACCACGCUUGGGGGAGCGGUACAAAUGUGCGAUCAAGAUCAAAGAGAGCAAAGAAUUUAAAAGUACAGUAGAUAAAUUAUUCCAAAAAGCCAAUGUGUCUUUAACGCUUGGAACAUCCUCUUGGAGAGAACAAUUCAUCGAAGCUGUCACCGUGAAUGCAGGGGAAGAUGAAGGAGGUGAAGAAGGUGAUGAUGAAAAACUACCUUCUUGGGGAGAUUACGUCGUGCACUUUUUUACAAUAUUUUGGAAAGUACUAUUUGCUUUUGUUCCACCUACAGACUACUGGGGAGGCUGGGCCUGUUUUGUGAGCAGUAUAGCCGUUAUAGGCAUGAUAACGGGCAUCGUCGGAGACUUGGCUUCCUACUUCGGUUGUACCAUAGGUUUACGUGACACUGUUACUGCUAUUUCCUUCGUAGCACUUGGUACAAGUGUCCCAGACACGUUUGCCAGCAAAGUAGCAGCAAUUAACGACCGUUUCGCUGAUUCGUCAAUCGGAAACGUCACCGGGAGCAAUGCCGUCAAUGUUUUCCUUGGAAUAGGGAUUGCUUGGUCCAUUGCAGCUGUGUACCACGCUGCAAAGGGAGAUCAGUUCUUUGUGAAUCCUGGUAGUUUAGCCUUCUCUGUGACGUUAUUCUGUGUCUGUGCUCUGAUCUGCUGUGUCAUUCUUCUUUUUCGCCGUUCUAAAGUGAUCGGAGGUGAGUUAGGAGGACCCAUGAAAUACAAGUUACCAACCUCUAUUGUGUUUGUGUCCUUCUGGUUAUUUUAUGUGCUAAUGUCCAGCUUGGAGGCCUACGGCAUCAUUCCCGGCUUCUGAAUUGCGAUGAACCAAAAUAAAAGCCAAAAAGUAAAUUUGAAAGACUUGCAACAGAAACACUGCAAUUUUUCGAAAUCACUUUUGCUAAUAGCUGCUGGAAUUACUUUUUUAAUACAUUUCCUUCCUCCUGUCCUCGGAGAAAAAGAAACUACAAUUUAUGAAAUGCGUAAUAUUUGGGGGACAAUAGGUCUAAAAGAUCGCUACUGUUACCUCCUCCCCCUUAAAUAUAUAUAUGAAUUUUAAUAAUAUAUAUUUUCAACCUGAAUCCAUGAAGAAACCCGAUGAAGAAACAAAACUUUUCAUUUUGUCGGGUGACUACACUCGAAAGCAUGUAGUGUAUUCUGCAAUCAUUUCAGAACUUUUUUUUUCAAUAAACACCUCGAACGAACAAACGAACAGUGAUUAGGAAUAUGAGCCUGUGGAAAUUAACAUGUCUCUCCGAGCCAGACCUGUCUCCUUGCUCUUGAAAUCUUGCUCCAGUAAAUUAAGGACGAGGUUCAAAUUAGGCCUGGAAAUUCAAUCAACGCCUCAUUUUGUUUCUUUUUACUCAAAUGUUAUUUAUUGACCAAAUAACACAUAAUGUAACUGUAUUUAUUGUUUUAUUGACCAAAUAACACAUAAUGUUUCUGUGUUUAUUGUUUUAUUGACCAAAUAACACAUAAUGUAACUGUGUUUAUUGUUUUAUUGAUCAAAUAACACAUAAUAUUACUGUGUUUAUUGUUUUAUUGACCAAGUAACACAUAAUGUAACUGUGUUUAUUGUUUUAUUGAUCAAAUAACACCCAAUGUCAGUUCUAUUAUACUUGGAGCUGUCGGUAGGCGACAAAAGUAAUUUACUUUUUUAAACAUUUCCAGUUGUAUCCGUUCCUUAUGAAGUGCCAUAUGUGAAAUUUUACCUAUUCAAAGUGGCUAGUACGAAAACUUAUAUUAAGUUCCUUUCUUUGCUUUGUUAUACAAAAGCUUGUUGGUUUCUAUGAAAAAUGUUAAACUGAGGAUGUUUUCCUCUAUAAAUCAAUGUAUCCUCACUUUAAGCCCUAUUAUAUCCCAUUUACUUAGGAACUGGUAGACAUUUGUAUGGCAACUUAUGGUUUUGGUCUUACAGGUCAAAUAACUGUGAUUUAUUUUGUUUGGUUUAUAUUUUAUGUCAACUGUUUUUAGUUAAUGUUUAAAGUUAGUCGCAACAGUUAGGUUACAGACACAGUGUAAAUUACACUAUCAUUUUCAUAUGUUCCGAUUGCAUCAUAUUGUAAAACCACUAAGUCUUUCCCUAUAAGAGUUAAUUCAAUUAAGCAUUUUUAACCUCUAUAUAGAAUAUUCUAAGUAUCAAUUAUUAGGGGUUUUUCUUGCUAAGGUUACAUCAUCUGAAGAUAUUUUUAUUUUGAAGCAGAUGUAGUUUUGUGAUAUUUACUUUAAUAAUGUAGUAAUUGGAACUAAAGCAGGAACAACAAAAAUGACUACCCACGUGGACCCCUGUCCUGUCACGUUAAAUUAACCACAUGAAGUACAUUGGGCCAAUCCUGUUGAGAUGGCGUAAUAAUGUCAUUUGGACCACUCGUGUUAAGAUACUUGGCCUAUCUUGUCACGUUAACUUAAACCACAUGAAGUACAUUGGCCCAAUCCUGGGGGUGGGGGCGGACAGAAACUUUUCUUAGAUCUCUUUCUUUAGUCGUCUUCUAAGCCUUUACCAUAAUAAUAUCCAGCUAAGCUUUUACUGUGGAUUCAAGGAUCUAUUAUUCGCGUCCUGUUGCCUAAAAAUCUCGCUUCGCAUUUUUAGGGCCGUGGAGGCGUUAUAAGAGUGACGGUUAAAUUCCCCUAUUCCAUUAGAUUAGCCCAAUAGUUGACAUUAAGAGCGUCACUAUCCACGAUUAUCCUUUCCAGCAUGUAGUCUUCUUUCCUUGAAAUAUGUUCAAAGUAUCUCAUUGUUCAAGUUUUCACUUGGGUAACAUGUCUCUUGGACCAAUCAUGGAAGGCAUAGAGUUCAUUGUCAUAGUUAUUGUUAAUGGAUGCCUAUCUUGUUAAACAUAGCUUCAGCGUUGCCAAAAGAAGGGAAUAAAAGCACGUUUCAUAGAUGUUCUUGUGUUUAAUUCGAGAACAUAUUAGAUCGAUUUUGAUACUCUGAUUUUUCUGUAUCAUUUGUAGUUGUAAUUUUUCGAGCAUUGUACUACCUAUUUACAAAGCAAACAUUUUUUGACGUCAUCUACCACCAGUCUCUUCGACUAAUUUCGUUACAUUUUAGAGGUUUUUACAAUAAGAAUGAAACGUAGCCAACAUCACGAAUGUUGCUUCAAUUUGUUCUUAUUAUCAAAGCUUGUAAUAAUAUAUUCGUUUGUACAUGUGGUGCCCAUAAUUCUAUAUACCGUUUAAAAUAUCGAAAUACAUGUGACUAGUAGUAUGUCUUCUUUGUAAAUACCGUGAGAAUAAUUUAAAAUAUUGAUAAUUGUAAUUAACUGGUUAAAAUUACAUUAACUUUCAGAAUAAGAGACUCAAAAUACUGUACCAACUAAUAUUUAAAACGUAUUUGUAAAAAGGCGUGGAAAGUUCUGUUAGCUGCUGAAUAGAACGUUCGAAACGGCAAACUUACCAAACCAUGUAUUUAGCUUACAAUAAUCCAUUUCAUCAUCAGUCGCUAAACACCGCUAUACUUCUAAAUAGAUGCUAUGAAGUAUUCAAAAUGGCGUUUGAGAACAGACUCAAUUUCGGUUAAAUAUUUUUAGUCCUCUAGAAAGCCUUCUACUUAAAUAUUCUUUUCAAGUCUUUGUGUAAAGCUACCCAUUUAAAAUCCAUCUCAUGUCUGGGAUAUUCAUUACGAAUACAUGCUUCUGAAGUGUAGAUUUGAGAUUUGUCUCUGUUCCUUAUAAUACCCAUUAUCAAGAAGUGUUCUGUCCGUUAUACAACACUAAAAGUACAAACAAGUCUUACUCCUACUAAUUCAUGUUAGUUGAUUUCAACAUGAAAUUUAUAGUGACUGAAACUAUGCUAAUUAUACCGAAUUGUAUAAUCUUAGAUUUAUUAUUCAUGGAUAAAUAUUUAUAAAAAUUAACUGUAUUGAAUAGGUUUAAAAAAACACGUUUAAUAGUACACAAUAAGUAUGUAAAAAUGAGAGUGUUCGCAGUCUCAAAAUAUAAUAAAACAUUUACUAUUUGUGUUACUUAUAUACUAUGCCUAAAUGCCAUAACAUUGUGGCUAGUUGUACUUAUUGUUUCUAAUAUUAAGAGUUCUGCAUACAAUAUAACGAAAUUCAUAUCACAAGAAGUUUCAUUUUUAAAGUAUUAAAAAUAUAUACAGUUGAAAUUUCUUUAGAAUUUGUUCAAAGGAUUAAACACUAGAUCAGAAUGAUAUUUUAAUGUAUUUUGAUGUUCCUUUAUUAUUCACUAAAGUAAUCAUGGAAAAAGCCAUUGCAUGUUUUGAGAAUAAGAAUUCGGCUUUAGAAAUAAUUGAUAUGAUUAACGUUGUUGAAACAUGUCUUAAAAUAUUACUUAAGAGUAAAGUUUAUAAGCAGAAUGAAGGCUUAGCUCAAGGUAUGUUGAUUACACGUUUUUUAUUUGGUGGCAUGUAAAAAGUAAUUAACUGUCUCUACUAAUUACCUUAAUAACGUUGACAGUUCUAUUAGAUAUACGUAAGAGAUAGAAGAAAGUAACUGUUAUCCUUAUUAGAUGUUUUAGUAACUAGAAAUAAGGAUAAGUUGGGAAACUGCUGUUUAUCAUAAACCAUUCUUGGUAAUCAUGCCCCACAUCUAAACUCGUGUUAUUCUCAAUCACAAAAAAUCACUACAUUUUAUUCAUAUAAUUGGACCUUACAAUUAUAUUGUAAGUAGGAACAUAUUGGCAAUGAGUUAUGUUUAAUCAAGUGUGUAGCAGUAGUCUGAGUAGGAAAAGGUUUUAAUCCUGAUAUUAUUGACAUGGCUGUUUAAGAAGAAAUGCAAAAAAAAAAGGAGAUAAAAAUAUAACGUUAAAUAAACCACUCCCUGAAAAAAUUAACAAAGCAGGAUUUGUGUUAUCAUUUCUUCUGUUUGGUCUAUCUUGUCAGAUAAUGAAACAACAACGAAAUAUAUUUUUCUAUAUAUAUAUAUAUAUA